AUGACAUCACAGUAUGCUGAGCUAGUGUCCUAUACAGACCCUCCAUAUUGGUGUUCUACUACAUACUAUGAAUUGAAUAAUCGCGUCGGCGAUACAUUUCAUGCCUCUCAGCCCUCGCUUACUGUGGAUGGAUUUACUUGUCCUUCCAAUCCUGAGCGCUUCUGUCUAGGACUACUGUCCAACAUCAACAGAACUCAGCUAGUAGAGAUGACGCGCAACCACAUAGGUAAAGGUGUACGUUUGUACUAUAUUGGAGGCGAGGUUUUUGCGGAAUGCCGCAGUGAGAGUGAGGUGUUUGUACACAGCCCCAUCUGUAAUCAGAUUCAUGGUUGGCCCCCAGCAACAGUCUAUAAAAUACCUAAAGGUAGUAGGCUGAAGAUUUUUAAUAACCUGGAGUUUGCUACGCUGCUUACCCAGUCCGUCAAUCAGGGCUUUGAGUCUGUGUACCAGCUGACUAGGAUGUGUACCAUUCGUAUGAGUUUUGUCAAGGGCUGGGGAGCUGAGUAUAGGAGACAGACUGUGACCAGUAUGCCCUGCUGGAUUGAAAUUCGCCUGAACGUUCCGCUACGGUGGCUGGACCGAGUUCUGGUCCAUAUGGGGUCGCCAGUGUCACGCUGCUCCAGUAGGUAGGCGGUAGGCUCCAGGGAAAAGGUCAAGCACUAUGGUGGUGUCAUUAAGCUGCCUAUGUUGCACAAAUUUCUCUUUUGGAAACAAAGCCUCUCCCUGUUUGUUGUUAUGUAUACAGUCAGGGUAAAUACAAUCUCCCAGAUGAACAUCACUGUGUGUACCUGAAAUGAAUUCAAUAGUUCAGAGUUUGUUGUCCAGCUUUUGCGUGAUGUGCGUGUACUAGAUAUACAUAUUCAAUCUCAUACUUUUAUGUCUGUUGUGAAAAGGAAUAUGCAUUUUAUUUUAUAUAAAGUGGUCACCUUGAUAUAUA